AUGUAUGUACGCACUGCUGUAUGUUGUAUUCGUCUUCACGUAACGGACAAUACGUUUAGUGUCCCUAUGAAUUUUCAGAAAUGUAAAGUUUUCUUUUUAUUUUCCCAUCUUUUUCUUUUUUUAGAUUUUCCCCUUUUUAAUAUUAUAAUGAAUUGCGGUUUUUCUUUUUUUUGUAUUUUAAUAAUAAAUAUAAUUCUUUCAAUAAAUUUAAUCGUUGAAUGUAAUAAAUUAAUGUUAAAUGACAAAGACAAAAUGACAGUGGAUGCUAUUCUUUCAAAAGAGGUGAAAGAGAACAAAGGAUUCAACAUACAACAAGUAGAAAAAGGAAACGCCAUUUCGCACAAAAAACUUGAAAUGAACAUUAACCAUCACAAUGUGAAUGACAAUGAUUUGAAGGAUCAUAUGGACAAGCUAAGGAAAUUACACAAAGAUUUAAAAAAUAGUAGUAGUAGUAGUAGUAAUAGUAAUAAUAGUAGUACUAAUAGUAGUAAUAGUAGUAGUAAAGCAUAUUCAAAAGGGGAUAUACUAAAAGUUGAAGAUCAGAAUAGUAGUAAUAAGACAGAUAAGAAUAAUCAUAGUACAAAUGGAAAAGGGGAGAAGGAUAAUAACGAUGAUAGCUUAAGAAAAUACAUUUUACAAGAAAUAAAUAACAACAGAAAAUUAGAUACAGAGAAAAAAAGCUAUGAAGAAAUAAAUUUGUUAGAAGAAAAUUCAAAAAAACUACAAAAUGAUAUUCAUACUUGGUUAAAGUCAGUAAAUGACAUAGAAGAAAAGUCCAAAAAACUAAAAGAUAUUAAAAGUCAACUAUUAAAUAAUAUUGCAUCUUUAAAUCAAACUUUAACAGAAGAAAUAGAAAAUAUAAAUGAUAUUAAAAAGUUACAAAAAGAACAAAAUGACAUUUUUUCUGAAAAUUGGUUAUACUUUUUCCCCUCAACACCUGACUAUUUAAUAGAAGAAAAAAAUAAAUCGAAUUAUAAUAUUUUAAAUUAUUUAGAAUCCUUUAGUAAAAAAAAUAAACAACAGAGUUACGAAAGUAAUAUAAGGAAACAACAAAAACCUCAUCAUUAUGAUAAUACUAAUUCUAGUGAUAUUUUCCACUUUUUAAGCUAUUUCGUCCUCUUAAUGUUUUUUUUUUUUUUUAGUUAA